AGGCUGCUGGCUCACCGGAGGAAAAAAAACUGAAAAAAAAAAAAAAAAAGAGUAAGGACAGGAGGGAGAAACUUCAGAGAUUUGCAGGACAUCUGGACGGAUUAGGAGACUGAGUCCAGGUGGUCCGGGCCCUGUGGAGGAUCCGGGUCCGUCGGCCCCGGUGAACGGCGCUCCGCUCCGUGCAGUCGAAAUGAUGGAAGAUUCUCAUUUUAAUUCAUCAUACUUCUGGUCUCCUGUUCCCACUGUGCCCGGGCAGAUUGAGAAUGCCAUGUUUCUGAACAAAAUGAAAGAGCAGCAGGAAAAGAGCGCUUCUUUCCCUUCGUCCUCUUCCUCCCACUACCAGACGGCUCUGCUCACCAUCCCCACGCCGGGGGCCAAGACAGAUGGAGGAGGGCAGGCCAGCAGUGCGGCGCACCUCCACCCUCCUCACAGCACCCAGAACAUCACGGUGCUGCCUGUCCCCUCCACUGGCAUCAUGACAGCAGCCGGUCUGGUGAUCACGACCCCUCAGGGAACGCUCGUCUCUCCCACCUCCUCUCAGUCGUUUGUCUCUGGCCAUCCAGCAACAACCAUGAUCGUUUCAGCACUUCAUUCCUCAGACAAGAAGGAGGGCGUCGUCGUGAUGCCAACGCCCUCCAAGAGAGGAAGAAAGAAAAAGGUCACGACGCUGUCGCGGAUCGGACCAGGAAGUGAAACUCUAAUUCUGGCCCAUCUGACGCCUGGUGGCCAGGUGGCUUCGUUGCAGCAUCAUGGCGGAGACCCGUAUGAGCUGUCAAACGAAGACAACGCCCAUAAAGACAGCACUAAGACCUACAGGUGCCGGAUGUGUGCGGCGACCUUCUUCAGUAAGUCUGAUAUGCAGAUCCACUCCAAGUCGCACACAGAGGCCAAACCCCACAAGUGUCCUCACUGCGCCAAGUCAUUCGCCAACUCCAGCUACCUGGCCCAGCACAUUCGAAUCCACAGCGGGGCCAAGCCUUACACCUGCUCCUACUGCCAGAAAUCUUUCAGGCAGCUCAGUCACUUACAGCAGCACACACGGAACCACACGGAGUCAAAACCCCACAAGUGUCCACACUGUACAAAGUCCUUCGCCAACUCCAGCUACCUGGCCCAGCAUAUCCGCAUCCACACCGGCGUGAAACCGUACACCUGCACGUACUGCCAAAAGUGCUUCAGACAGCUCAGUCACCUUCAGCAGCACAGCAGAAUUCACACAGGAGACCGGCCUUACAAGUGCUCGCACCCGGGCUGUGAGAAAUCCUUCACGCAACUCUCAAACUUACAGUCCCACCGCCGUCAACACAACAAAGACAAGCCCUACAAGUGCACCAACUGCAAUAAAGGAUACAUAGAUGCAGCAAGCCUGGAGGUGCACAUGUCCACACACACAGUCAAACAUGCCCGGAUCUACUCGUGUGGUCUCUGCAACCGCACGUAUACCUCAGUAAGACAAAUGUCCAUUUCUGAAGAGCAUUUCUACAUGAAACACUAUGAAUCGCCUCACUGGCGUCAGACACCUGGCAGCUACUUUACAGCAUGUAGUCAUCACGUGUCCACUGUUUCCCCUUUACCUAUCCUCCCCUCAUCCCAGGAGACGUAUCUGGUGAAACACAUGGAGAAACACAACCCAGACCAGUUGACUGCACCAGCAGUCGUGGCAGCACAGCCGGCACGACAGAACCAAAGCCAGGCCCAGGGCCAGGCUGGAGCUCAGAGCCGGGUAGAGAGUGCAGAAGGAGGACCGAGUCGACCCGGGAGAGCUGGGAGUGGAGCGGCAGGUGGAGGCCAGCAGGGACAGAGCCAGAGCAGCUACCCCCAGACAGAAAGCAUGCCCUGUCCGUUUGACCUGCAUCAGUAUAAGACCGUGUCUGCCAGUGACAUCCAGUACAAACCAGUCAGCGUGGCCGAUAUCACCUCUCACAAGGACCUCUGUCUCACCGUGUCGGCGUCCACCAUUCAAGUGGAGCACCUCAACUCUUAGUGGGGAUGAAAAGGAGGGUACGUGGGAGAUGGCGAUGAUAGGAUUUAAUCAAGAAAACAGUAAAUAGGUAUUUGGGGAGUCUAUGGAUUAAAGCAAUACUAAAACGAUGCAGAAACUUUGGAACAUAUGACUGUGCCUGAAAGACGGUUUUAGGCAGACGGGACAAAUUAUGUGAUGGAUGACACAGUAUACUGAAGACGAUAUAAUUUGGUUCUAUUUUUUUAAGGUUGUCUUGUUUUCAAUCUCAGCCUUGUUUGAUGUGUUUUCAUUUUGCUUAGUUGUCCUGUCUGAGUAGAAAAUGCAUGUAAAGGCUGCAAUAAAGUAUGUUUCAGUCCAUCACAGUGAUGGUUUUAUGACAGGAAGCGUCUAAGACACCGUGCUUCUCUUUAUUAUCACCUCCUGCUCUUCCUUACUUAAGACAAUUUUGCAUUUUUAGGUGUCUCUAUUGAUGAAAUUGGUAGUUAACUGUGAAAGUAAUUUUUUAUACUUUCAUACAGAGACUUUCAGUUUUUACAUCAAUGUUAUUACCUCUGCAAUGUUGUAACAUACAUGCCCGUAAUCUUUUUCAUCUUAAAAGGGACAAAGAGGUUAUUUCUUCUUCAAGAAAGAAAAA